AUGCCUCCUCAACAAAGCAACAACAUGACUAAACAACAGAAGAUCAGUUCUGGCAUUGAAAAGCUUAAGGCAGCACGUGCUGAAGCUGCUGAGAAGAAGGCCCGCGAUGCUGCAAACCCUCUUACAAAGGCUAGCUCACCCACCGCCGCAACUUCUGUAAAUCAAGCUCCUAAACCGAGCACUUCCAAUUCCAUCUCAUCUCUUCCCCGUAUGAAGAAGCGUCCAGGAAAAUCAAUGAACGAGGUUGCUGAGAAGAAAACCGCCGAGGAAGCUGCUGCCGCCGCCAAAAUCAAGCGCAAGAUGGCAGAGAAGGAAGACGGAGAGAUCGAUAGCGACGAAGAGGAUAUAGUUUACAAAGGUCGCAUGAACAACGGUAAUCAAAAUCGGAAGUUUGCCCCAGUCAAUAACAAACACAACAAGACCAUUGCUUCAGUCCCAGCUUCUGGUCAUGCGCCAUCAAACAACAAAGACCAAAAGACCUUUGGCCGCAAUGAAAUCAAGAAUGAGGCUAAGAACACCACAAAGGUCAAGCCCGAUAUCCCAAAGCUCCCUCCCAGAGUUCAAAAGUCCCAGGACCUCAAGAAACCUAAAGAGAAGGAGCAAUCUUCGUUCAAGCGCAAGUAUUUCGACACAGACUCUACUAAGUCUGAAGAAAAAUUCGCUAAGCCUGCCAAGAAGCCGAAGACCACAAAGGCAGGCAUGAACUUUGAAAAUGUUUCCACCAAGCGCAAGCAUACUGAGGAGGUAGAAACAAGUGGUUCUGUAAAGAAACAGAAGAUCACUGAAGAAAUUAAAAAUCCUGCUGCUGCUCCUGCAAAGCGCGCCCCUAUCAAGGAGACAAAGGUUCGAAACAACCCCACCAAGAAUCUGUUCGGUUUUGGUGGUUCCAGAUCUACUAAGAAGCCAACAGCACCAAAGGAGGGUUUCAUGCAACCUAAAUCUGUUUCUAAAGCAGCAAACGAAAAUGGUGAGAAAUCUACGGAAAAAGUCUUGAAAUCUAUUUCCACGCAAGUUAAACCAAAAGUUGUCGCAUCGCGGAGCGAGUCAGCCGCUCCAUCGACUGAAGAGCCAUUAAAACUCCGAUAUCUUCCCAACGUUUCCAUGGAGGAGCUUUUUGGCGAAGCACCAAAUGUAGCAGAUGAACCAAUUAAGAGCCCACAAUCAGCCUCUGAUAACGUCUCCAUGGAGGAGCUCUUGGCAUUUGAUAGCAUCCCACCACGAUCAGCCUUUGAUAAAGCCCCUGUCAAGACUAAAUCUAGUCGUCGUGGCCCAACUUCUGCUUCCAAAGUCGAAGUUACGAAAUCAUCUGCUUCGUCAGGAUCCAUGUCUACCAUGGCAUCAACCAAAGCGGCACAGCCUAGUCGCCGUAAAGUUGCUCCUGCUCUUAAUUCCGAAGUCGCAAAGCCAUCUGCUUCGAUUCAGAAAACAUUACCAGCCUCUACCAGCACUUCUGAUAAGGCUCAAUCUAGUCGCCGUGGCGUUACUCCUGCUUCCAAGGAUGAAGUUGCCAGAAAAAUUCCUUCUUCAAUACCAAUGCCCACCUCUUCAUCAAGUGGAGAGGUACAAUCUAAUCGUCGUCGCGCCGUUCCAGCUCCUCAUUUUGAACUCAACAAGCCAUCUGUUUCGUCAAAACCAUUGAGCACCGAGAUACCAAAAAAAGAGGCUGGUAGAUCUACGUCAUCUAGUAUUACACAAUCAACUUCCUCCCCAAGAAAGGUGAUCAAGAAGGGAAAUGGAAACUGA